AUCAUGUUUAGCAAGUAUUUGUAUUGCGAGCUUGUUGUAUUAUUAUUUUUUUUACACUAUUUCAAGGAGUGACAAACGCUCCAGUUUAAAGCCCUAUAAUAAAACUUUAUUGCCCCCUCUCUGCCACUUCACCUCGCUCCCUUUCCUGUUUGGUCAGGGUAGGAAGGCGCUCUGCCUGUGAUAACACGCGUUACGUUGGAACAUGGAUGCAAACCAGUGGUUCCUAUAACCACACCAUGAUAAGACAUCGCGAAAACCCUUCCCCUUGGUCAGAUCUGAGAAAGUGCCGCACCGUGCGUUUAAUUAACGACGCCCAUAUAAAAGAAGACUAACUCGCAUGCAAGCAGAGUACACACCAUGAUCUCAGCCCAUAUUCUCAUUUUACCCAAAGUAAAUAAAGAUCAACUCACCUUUCAACUAACAGAUCCUACUGAACUCUCCUUUACAGAAAACUGGCUAGCUCAGAGUCCACUUACGUAUACUCUGUGUACAGGCAGGCCUUAACUUUAAGUGGACGAUAUCGAAUCCCCUUUUCUAUGUCUUUCUUUUAGCGUAUUUUAAAGUUUACAAGGUUACUUAUGCCAAUCGCCCCAAGCAGGGUCUGUGAAUGGUGCAUGGGAGGCACGUGGUGUCAUUUAAGUGGGUUUUAUGGCCUGGAAGAGCUGACAAACCUUCGAUAUAUACACAUCAUAUAUAAUCUUAACUGUCCGGAAUCGCAGCUGCUGGCUUAGCCUUAUCGGAGUAAGAAAGGGCUUUUGUGGCAGUGAGGGUGCACCUUUCUCUGGACUGUAUGCUAGGCGGAUGGUAUUGGGGCAAUACUGGAGUAGCUGUAAGAAAUAAUGAUGGGGCGAAAUGAGGGGAAUGGUAUCAAGGAUCUACCUGUUCGACGCCCAGGUGUCACGUCUGUUGGAAGGUUGUCUAUUUUUACCCAAUGGAAUAUAAAGCUUGAUUCCGAAAUCUAUUUGGUCAAAUAGUUCCAUGACAAAGAUGUGAACGAAUUGCAUACGGAUCUUGGGAUCUUGAGCUCCACAUGGGAAGAGUGGCAUCAAGACUAAAGUCGACCAAUAAACCAUAGCUGCAGGGCAUUUCUUUUUUGUAAUAUUGAUUAUUACUGUUAAUAUUGGUUCCAACUUAAAAUAUAACGUACUAUGACACCGUGGUUUGCAAGUAGGCCAAACCUACCAUUCAAUUUCCACCUUCUGCAUUCUGCAUUUGUCCUACUGGAAUCGUGGCUCGUGCGGUUCGGUUAUUUACACGUUGGACGGGUUUGUCUCCACCCCGGGCUAUCAUAACUUCCCUUAGAAUACUGGAAAGCCUACCAUUUUCACCCACUAGGGAAGAGUAAAAGUUAAAGGGCUAUUAGGGUUUACGUGCUGAUUAAAAGUGUAUCAUAAACAUUUUCAUCAGGGUUGCUUAUUGCUCUGUAGCCCACUGCAAAGCAAUAAAUGAACUGUCUCAUUCCAGGUUAGGUCUGUAACCAGGACUUGUUAACCAAUGUAAUACAUUGGGCCUAGCCCCUUUAAGAUCCCAAAUGUAUUUAGUUGAUGUAGUUUACACAUGCAUACUUGUGUAAACAUGCUUGUAUAGCCGUUAUUCUGCAGGAAAAUGGAAGCUAUGCUAUUUCUCAAAUGAAUAAAUGAAACAUCAAAUUAGGCCUGAGGGCCUAUUUUUUUCCACUUCUACAUUAUAACUAGUUAUUGAACUAGGUGCACAAUCUGAAAGCCAUUUGUGGGAUGAAAGAAUUCAUUGCAGUUUCUCCAUCAAUAAUCCUUGGCAGUGAACUAUUGGAAGCAGUCACACGCGAGGGGUGAGACGCAGGUCAGGCUGUCUAACUAAUAUUAAAAUGCGCCCACAAAAUAGUAGGCCGAGGAAGGGGGUAUGCAUGUAUGGUUUUUUAUAAAAACAACCAAACAAAAACAGACAAACAGACAAAUAUUUCAUGACUUGCAUGCCUAAACGAGCAACACAUGGAUGGCUGGAUAUUUCGGGGUUGGUUCCCUGUAGAAGCCGUAGGCUAUCCUCGCCUCUUUUUUUUUUUUAACAUAAUACAAAAUAGACAGCCAAAUUUUGCAAGCAGAUUAGCGUAUUUGUAAAGGCAUUUCAAUUUCCCAUGUGUAUUAUGUUUUUAAUCAAUUCAAUUGAUUCACGAGUAGCCCAUGUUUUACCUUCAAUAACACAGAAUCAGGCCACAUAUCUUCAAUUCAUUUUUCAUCCGGGCUUUUCUCAUUAGCUUCUAGGACGACAGGAAGAAAGGUUACCGAGCGGUCAGUAUGGUAAUAGAAAGCAGAAGAAAUCGUUGAGAACAAAAGAAACUUAUUUUUCAUCUGGGCUGUCACCAGACCCUUUUGUAUCGGCAGAGUUUGUGACUGAAUAUUAAUAUAAGAGCUAGCCCAAAAGCAGUUGUUAAACGUGGAGAGAGAAACCACUUCCCUCCUUUAUCCUGUUUUGUGUGAGCGUGCAUAUGCAUGUAUUUAUAUCCGUGCCCGAAUUGUAUCUAUUUUGAAACCAUGGUGCAGAAGAUGUGAGUACGACUAAAUAUUGAAAACGUAACAUUUAUUAGGCUUAUGUAUAUAUCCUAAAAUAAUCCCUUAAGAAAUCACCACACCGCAGCUCCUAUAACAUACUCACACACUAGUUGUCUAUGUGUACCCUGUAGAACCGAAUUUGUGUUCAGUAUAGCAUCGCAAAUACGUCUCUACAGGAAUACAUGGGCAACUGAAUUGCUACGCAAGAGAAUUGAUUUAUCUAUCUGCUAUUUUUUUCCAAGGCCUUAUUUUCGUGUCUCUGUGUAUUUUAUGCAGCAUACAUUGGCAUGCAACCUCCGUUUUCUAUUAGCAAAAGCAGCAGAGCAACAUAGUCCCAAAGUGUUUUCCUAGUCAUAACAUCAACAGCCUAGCUAUGGCUAGAGUGAGCAGACCCAUCUGCAGCAGUGUGUGUCAGACCCUGUAAAACAAGCAAGCUACUGCAGAUCGUUUUAAAGUGACUGAUUUACGGGUUUUAUUGCUCUAUAAAACGCCUCUAACAUCCUUGCAAGGGGGUAAUAGAAAUGUUGUGUAUUCUGUUUUCUCUGGGAAGGUUUAAAUGUGUACCACCAUCAGUAGAUUUUUAUUAUUUAUUUAUCUAUAGAUUAUAAUAUGGCCAUAACACUCCCUUUAGUUGCACUGAAGAUAGAUACCUCUUUACUUUAACAUUGGUGCAGAACAACUCCACCGCUAACUUUCAAGCCUAAGUGCAAAUCUGCUACUGUUGGAAAGUACACGGGUAGGCAUUCAGAUCAACACAAUGUUGUCUUGUUGCUGCAGUACCUCAACACCCACAACAACAACAACAACAACAACUUGCCCUAUAUUUGAAACUACUUGCACCACUGCUUCCACUACGAGAUUCGGGGCUGAUGUACUAUUAUGAUGAUUCAUUCUUGUUUUUGUUUUGAAUAUGAUGGUUAUUAUGAUUACAACUGUUAUUUUAGCCAUGAAUCGGUUUCAUCUGCAUAGGCUGGUGCUGUAAAGUAUGUAAGUUGUAACGCAUAUGCUCAACAAAUCGGAUCACAGUUUGGCGAAAAGCAAAAUGUGUGAACAAAGCAGUAUUACGAAAUUGUGUUAGGGAUAACACAAUAUCCCAUGUGCAAGGAAGAGCAAAACAUAUUAUUCCAUUUUCCCAGGUUCGGCUGUCGCUGCUCCUGCUUAUGGUCUAUCAUGUAUAGUUUGCAUACUGCCUCUCUGUUGUCUCCGGUGGAACCAGGCAGUUGAUCAUUGUUAAGUGGAUAACAGUCUACCAAACUAAGUUAUGUUGUUUGUGAAUUAGUCACUAUUAUAAAUAAAGUAACUCCUUACUUAAUUGAUGCCCUGGCUCUGAAACAAGUCAUUUUUUUCUCAAGAAUGGACGUUUUGCAUACAUGCAGGCUUUUCAGGGGUGGGACUGUAUUGGAGGAUAUAGUAGGACCCGGAGUGUCCACAUGUGCAGAGAUUAAGAGGUAGGAGUCAAACCUUCUGAUGAGGGCAGACUGGCAAAAGAUGGGAAAAGGAUUGGCAUUGGUCAUCAUUUAAAUUCUCUACAUUUACAGCAAAUUGAGUUUGCUAUAUAUGUUUGCAUUCAAACAAUGAUAGGUCAUUAAUUUCAAAGCAGGACUACUUUGGACUCAACCUACUAAAUAGUGUUGUAUUUUCUUUUCCACUGCCAAGUCAUGACAUAGGCCCACCAGGCAGUACAGGUUUUAUUGUCCAGUCUGGAAGCUCACAAAGAAAGCGCUUGGAGGAAAUAAAGAUUUUAAAGUUCAAAAUAAAAAUGUAAUCUGUUGGAUGUGUUAGGAUUACCUUUUAGGGGUUGAAGAUGCUCAUUUUUACAUAAGGGACCAAAUGUUAAAAUGAUAUGCAGUGCAUCCAAUUCAUGUUAAUGUGGUGACCUAGGCUUAUCGUAUUGUAAACAAAUGGUGUAUUGUAAGAUCCUUAAACAACAUGGUUAAGCAUUGCAUCCCAAUCAUUGAAAUCACAAGAGCGCUGAUGUAAUGUCACUGGCUAUCAUGCCAGUGACAAUACAAACCUUACUAUGGAAUAAUAUUGAUUUGAUGCAACAUAUCUGUAUGUAUAAUAAAUACACAUUGUGAAUAUAAUAAAUCAAAACUUUCUUCCUAAAAGAAGGUGUGAAAGGCAAAGGAUCUUCAUAUCGGCCCCAUGGUGUGGCUUUCAGAAAUCAAAUGUAAUAAAAUAGAUUUUACUAUUGGUCAAUAGUAUAACUGCAAUUAAUGUCUUGUUGUUGCAUUUUAACAUCAAAGCCACACAAAGCCUUUUUCUUUAACGCUCAUACAUAAAUUGUUACUGAAAACCUGUAGCCAUAAAGGCAACAACAUAUAUCUGCACAUUUCCUGAUAUCUUCACAUUUCCUGAUAUUUCUUGAUAUAGCCAUUCGUCAAACUAUCCCGUUUGUAUUGUUGUGGCUUACCAUGGCUAUAACACCUUAGAUAAAUAGAUACAUACACAGAGAGAGGACGAUACAAAUCCAGAGAGAAAGAGAGAGAGGGGGGAGGGGAAGAGAGAAAGAGAGUGCGCGAAAGAGAGAGAGGGGGAGAUAAAGUGAGAGAGUGUGGUCUUGUGUUUGUGUGUGUGUGUGUGUGUGUGUGUGUGUGUGUGUGUGUGUGUGUGUGUGUGUGUGUGUGUGUGUGUGUGUGUGUGUGUGUGUGUGUGUGUGUGUUUGUGUGUGUGAAAGAGCGAUAGAGGGAGAGAGAGAGAGAGAGAGAGAGAGAGAGAGAGAGAGAGAGAGAGAGAGAGAGAGAGAGAGAGAGAGAGAGAGAGAGAGAGAGAGAGAGAGAGAGAGAGAGCGAGAGAGAUAGACCGAAAGAGAGAGAGAGAGAGAGAGAGAGAGAGAGAGAGAGAGAGAGAGAGAGAGAGAGAGAGAGAGAGAGAGAGAGAGAGAGAGAGAGAGAGAGAGAGAGAGAUUUGUGUCUACCAUGGCGACUGUAGGUAUGUUUAAUACCUCUGGUUCCUUAUCCGGGAACUACCUCUUAUUCUGCUAUUGGGCCAUAGGGUCACGUGGUAAAAGUAACUUUACAGGGCUGCUCGAGUAGGAGGGCUUUAUGGAGCAGAAAAACGACAAAGCUAGAAAAAUUAUUUUCCACUCCAGAAAUUAAUGAUCAUGAGCUCGUAUUUGAUGGAGUCUAACUACAUUGAUCCGAAAUUUCCUCCAUGCGAGGAAUAUUCGCAAAAUAGCUAUAUCCCAGAACAUAGUCCAGAAUAUUACAGCCGCGCAAGGGACAGUGGCUACCAGCAUCACCACCAGGAGAUAUAUCCUCCGCGGGCAAGCUACCAGGACCGCCAAUAUAACUGUGCAAGCAUCCCUGAACCUGACACGCCAAGGGUGCAUGGACUACCCCAUUCUGCGCACCUGCUUGCAGGGAAAGGGCAACCUGCAUCAUGUGAAACCCCACAGUUAUCUAUGUCCCCCGCCACCCCACCGGCUGCAACCUCCGCCUGCAACCAAGCUACCCCGGAGCAUCCACACAGCGCUGCCUCCAUGAAGCAGCCCGUGGUGUACCCGUGGAUGAAGAAGAUUCACGUCAGCACUGUGAACUCGGGUUACAAUGGGACGGAACCCAAGCGGUCUAGGACAGCAUACACUCGACAGCAGGUCUUAGAAUUGGAGAAGGAAUUCCACUAUAACCGAUAUUUAACUCGGCGGAGGCGCAUCGAGAUUGCCCAUACCCUGGUUCUCUCCGAGCGACAGAUUAAAAUCUGGUUUCAAAAUCGCAGGAUGAAAUGGAAAAAAGACCACAGGCUUCCAAACACCAAAGUGAGAUCUUCUUCUUCGUCCUCCGGGUCCAAUACGGGCUCAGCAGCCGGCGCUGUGGCAGUGGCCGCGGCCGCUACCGGGGCCGGGGCCAGCCCUGAUGAACUGACCGGAGCGCAGCAUGCCGAGGAUAUUACCAGGUUAUAAACCAGGGAAGGGGAUAGAACAACAAGAAGAACUGGUUAUUUAUAGAAGUUAUAUAUUUAGUUUUCGUAGCUAUCUUGUGCGGUUUCCUUCAAGUCCAAAGUUAUAUAAAUUGCAUGUUAUAUAGCAUGGAUUAAGCGAAUACCGAUGAAUUAUUUUUACGUGAUACAGGGUUUAAUUUAUUUAAUGAAGAGUUGAGAUGUUUUUUAUUGAGAAAAAAAUGUUUUCAAUUAAGGAGAGAAAAUGCAGAAAAAUGUACAUUUGGUUAACAUGUUAUCGUGGGCUAUUCUUUCGCCCUGCUGCCCAAGGUGAAAUGCACAAUCUAUUUAUUUCAAACAACACUGGAAGGACAUCGUUAUGAUAAUAGUUAUUUUUGGUAAAAUAAAAAUGAAUAGCUGGAGCACUCCAUUGAUCUUGAACGUGUAGAAAAUAUUUUGUGAGUUACAUUGUGUAUUUUCACAAAUCAGUUUUUUGUUUACAAUUUAGUUUCGUGUUGCUGAUGUUGUGUUUUAGACCGUUAAAGCAGAUUAUUGUUAUAUGCAAUAAACGGAGUCUAGUGUACUUGUGAUAAUCAUAUUGGUCAAUAAAACAGUGAGUGUUUUAUCGUUGCUCGACUUCCUUUAGAUCCAGUUGUGGGUCACUCUUCUUUUGGUUUUAGUGCUAUGCUUUUAAGGUGUAGGCCUACAUUAUGGGUAAAUUAACAUUUUAUAAGGUUAACCAAUUGCUCACCGUGUUUACAAGCUGUGAUUGUGAAAUAUUUCGGCUCCUUGCGUUUUUUAAUUUAAUUGUAUAUAACUAGUUUAACUGCUACAUGUGUUGUUUGUGUGUCCUCAAAUGCCACUUAUAGAGGACAUCAAUAGUUUAAAAAAAAAGGUCCCAACAGCAAAUGGACUAGUUUGUUCUAUGCAUAGGCCUACGUGCACUAUAAUUAAUCUAAAGGGCAUUCAACUAACCAUAAAGGCAAGACAUGGAAGCCCUUCACUAGACUGCAAUGCCACUGCCAGCUCGAAAGAAUUAAGCUUUGCUUCCCACAUACGACAUGCAGAGAACAGCUGCAUAUGGAUCCUUUGGCAUACUUAAACAAAUGUUUAUUUCCUAUAAAUUAAAUUUUACAAUUGACAAACUUCGAUUUUUGGUGUAUCUUAAUUCGGCAACUCGAUUCCAUAAUUUCUACUGGCCAACAAAACACCCAUGAUGAGGCUAUAGCCCAAAGCGUCAAGUUGUCUUGGUUAGCAUCAGGCCUCUGAUAUUGAGCAUGAUAUUGAUAUUCUGAAUGAUAUUCUAGUCAUCGUGGCCCAGUUUUGUCCCAAUGCCUUGCAUAUUACGAAAAAAUCGCUGGGUGGUUUUUCAUUUUUCUCUGUAUUUCUAGCGUAUGACAACACUAUUCCACAUUGUGAUGCUUCAUUUCAGAUCGAUGCUUUGCUAGAAGACUUUAUACUUUGAUGGUGUCGAAUUUUACGGUUUCAAAACACGGUGCCUGUAACGUCAGAGCCCCCUUCCCGGGAUGUGUUCCAACACAUUGUCAAGAGAAGAGUAUUUACGACUGAUGCCUACAUUCUCCAGGAAUGCUAAUAUUUACAGGAUGUAAAAUGUUGAUUCAAAAACAUGUCACCUUGUCAUUUCUAAAGAAGUAAGCAGGCCCUUGCCUCUUUGUUUUAUUUCAAUUUUAUUUAUGGUUUCAAUGUUUUAUUCUAGUUAGUUUUGUGAAAAAAUACUUUUAAAAUUAAAAUUUGACUUUAUCUUGAAGAGACA